CUGCUCCUCCAAUCCCGCAGCACUUUCUCUGCCUGCGGUCACAUCUUGUUGCCAGAACUCCAGUGACGCGGUGACACUAGAUUUCGACCUUUUUCCAUUCAUACUCUGCGCCUUUUCCCCGUUUAAUUGCGUUUACUUUGCAAGGCACCUCGAGGACUUGCUAGUCCUGUGUUGCCGCAUUUUCUUCCUUGCAGUAUAUUUUGACUCGUCUGUGGAUGUGUUUGGAUGGAAGGCUGGGGAGCUCUGAUCUAUCAUCCGACGUUAAGACCUCUCAGCCUUGAGGAUAAGAUUCUUAUUUAGGCACGGUUACAUAAUCAGCGCUUUAGUUUUCCAUACCAUAGCAUGAAUCCUUUGUUGGGGGCCAAUACGCAUCUCCAACAGCAUCCUCAGCAGAGCUUGGCCUCCGGACAUCCAGACUCUCCUUCAGGCCUUCUGCCCGAAGCCGUUUUCGGUGGACCCGACGCGGCAUCCUUUUUCCUUGGUGAGCAGCCCAGCAGUCCAGGCCCUGAUCAUCCUGGGCCUGACUUCACCGCACCCUCACAGGCUUCUCCUUUCCUCCACCACAAUAACAGCGGCCACUACGAGCACCGCACUGUGCCACAUCCCCCUGCAGCCAUGGCUCUUAGAAACGACUUGGGAUCCAACAUCAGCGUCCUCAAAACUCUCAAUCUGAGGUUCAGAUGUUUUUUGGCAAAAGUGCACGAAUUAGAGCGCAGGAAUAAGAUUUUAGAGAAACAGCUGCAGCAGGCGCUGGAUGCCAACAAAAGCUGUCAAGGUGGAUGCUGUGAUGGCAGGGCACACACCCAAGAGGCAGGUGUGCAGACUGGAUUUGUUGGGACCAUACCUCUCAGGCCAGGCUCCCUCCCCUUCCAUAACACCAACAAUUCAGCCAGGAGGCCUACAACAUUGUUCCCACCAUCACUCACAACCACCUUCCCAUCAACAGCCUCUGAGAGCUCCAGUUCAACCCAAACAAACACCACCGGCAACCCAGCUAUCACCAUCAGCCAGGCCUCUCCCUGCAUGGACUCUCCUGGCUAUGGCUCAAGAAGUAUCACCAACACCAAUGCAGGCCAUGAAAGAUCUACCAACCCUCCUCCUAGGUUCCUCCCAGGAACCAUCUGGUCCUACAACCACACCCGCAAGUUUGGCCCCAGUGCAGAGCGUAUAACCAGCCCAGGAGUGUCCUGGGUGCACCCUGAUGGAGUUGGAGUCCAGAUUGACACCAUCACCCCAGAGAUAAGAGCUCUGUACAAUGUCCUAGCCAAAGUGAAGAGAGAGCGGGAUGAGUAUAAACGCAGAUGGGAAGAAGAAUACACAAUGAGGGUGGAUCUGCAACAGAAAAUCACAGACCUACAAGAGGACCUGCAGGAGAGUGAAGGCUGUCAGGACGAGCUGGCUCUCAGAGUUCAGCAGCUGAAGGCUGAGCUGGUUCUCUUUAAAGGCCUCAUGAGCAACAACUUGUCAGAGUUGGACAGUAAGAUCCAGGAGAAGGCCAUGAAGGUGGACAUGGACAUCUGCCGCAGGAUCGAUAUAACUGCUCGUCUCUGUGACGUAGCUCAGCAGAGGAACUGUGAGGAUGUGAUCCAGAUGUAUCAGGUUCCUACCAACCAAACUUCCCUAAACUGUCGCCGGAAACAAACUCCUCUGUCCUUUAAUGGAAGCGAGUGUGACGAACCCGUCAGCACUUCUGAGAGUGAUGGAGGUGUGGCCAAAGAAGAGGAGCACUGUGGCUCGUCAGCCAAUCAGAUCAACGAAGAGAUGCAGAGGAUGCUGAACCAGCUGCGUGAAUGUGAGUUUGAGGAUGAUUGUGACAGUCUGGCUUGGGAGGAGACUGAAGAGACGCUGCUUCUCUGGGAGGACUUCCCAGGAUGUGCUCUACCCCCUGACCCCACCCACCCACCUGGAGAGGAGGACUGUCUGGCAGUGAUUAAUGACACUGAAUGUCUGUUCAAGUCCCGAGAGAAGGAAUACCAAGAGACCAUUGACCAGAUUGAGCUGGAGCUGGCCACGGCAAAGAGCGAUAUGAACAGACAUCUGCACGAGUACAUGGAGAUGUGCUCGAUGAAGAGAGGCCUGGAUGUUCAGAUGGAGACCUGCAGGAGACUCAUCACGCAGAGUGGAGACAGUAACCCUGCAACGCCUGCAUCUGCUGACGACAGCAGUCAGAGAGAGAGUGACAACUCUUCAGCCUCUCCGCCCAGCUGCGGGAGAUCUUGACACUUCCUCCCCUCUGCAUUGGGUGCUGUGGUUAUGUGACCCCCCUUCCCUGCUACAUCCAGCUCGAGUAUCACAAAAUGCAAUACACACCUAUAUGGCAACACCAUGUUUACAUAUAGUCAUCUUCAUUCACUGUAUCUCACUGAUUAUUUGUCUUGCUGUUCUUGUAAAUCCGCUUUGGUCUGAGGAGACUUUGAGCUUUGAAACUGUGACUACGUCAGAGCUAGAUGUUUUUCUGUACUGCUGCGUGCUGAUGUCACUGCCCUGCAGAGGGGAGAGGUCUGCUUUGUAGUUGGACCUUGUCAUCUUGUGUUUGACAGCAAUAGUUAGGAUACCAGGUCUUCUAAAGGAUUAUCCUGUGAAGUUUCAGAAGACUGUAUAUUCUGAAUGUACUGUGAGAAAAUGCCCUGAUGUCUUGUAGUUUAGGGAGGUAGUGCAGUACUGUAUGAUGACCUGGGCGUUUGAAGCUAAUCAAGCAGAUACCAGAGCCUCAUUUAAGUCAUGCCAAACAAAGUUCAAGGCCGAUAAUUACCUUCUUUCAGUAAAACCUCAAAGAAAACAACUCAAAAUGGCAUUUAGUUUGAAUGAACUGUAUCACAGGAUGUCAUGGUACAAGAUUGAGGGAAUUCAUUAGUUUUAUUGAAGAAUUGAGGAGAUAACGAUGUGUCUUUAUCUUCUCACGUGAUGUCAGGAUUGAACAUUUUACAGCCUUAAAGCUGCAGGUUCAUUAUCAGAGUGCACACAUGUCCUCUAAAGCCUGAUGUUGUAUGUGUGUGCAUAACGUCAGAAGUCCACUAAAUAAUAGUGAACAUUUUUUUUUUAUCUUGAUCAUCGCUUGUCAGAGAACAGAUCAAUUCUCUCCUAGUGCGAUAAUGAAAUAUUCAGUCUCUGGAAUUUUGUUGUGUUUAGGUAUCUGAACAUACUUGAAUUUGACCUCUGUCAAAUUUAUGAAUUAAUGCCCCAAAUAGCUUAUGUUGUCAAGAGAAAUUCUGUCACAAGAAUGUUGACAACUAUUUGCAAAACACCAAGACGAUGCAAAUGAAGCAAUUUUGAUGAAUGCAGAAAAUUAGGAAAGUAACUUACACAAUUUCAUAAUAUAUCUGAAAUACAUUAAACAUUGCAGAGAACAUAGUUUGGAAUUAUAUAGAAAUUGUGCUUGAAAAAAAAAAGAAGAUACUUUUACAGAUGAAUACAGAAGCAAAGUGUUUUCUUUGUCAAAUGAAUGCAGGUUUGUUUUCAGUUUGAGAUGUAGCCAAAGUCUCCAUGUUGUGUUGUUAAAGGUCAGUCUGCAGCCUCUCACAUCUGAUCUGGGGUCAGCAUUGUUUCUUUAUUUUUCUCUCUAUGUUGCUGACACUUGGAAGUACAGCACAUCAACGUGCACUGACAGCUAAGUGUCAUGAAGCCGUUGAUUUAGUUUAAUUUUCAGCAGGAAUGCUUAGAUUACAGUCAGAUCCCGUUGUUGUUUGAAUAGAGCUGCAUGGCUGAGCAGAAUGUCUUCAAAGAUAGUAAAGGACAAAGAAACAGUUGUCCAAGAGCAAAUGUAGGGCAACCUUUGAGUGCCAAAUUAAAAAGGUCAGGUUGUAAAAAUCAACAGGAUAUUGCUGUGUAAAAAAACUUGAUAUAGCUGCUGAAGCAGCUGUUCACAAAGGUGCUUGAUGUACAUAAUUAAGAUAAUUUUGAGCCUGUAAAAGUUUGCACAUAGAAAGCAAGAGCUAAGCGAAAAUGUAAAUGAAACAAAUCAGCACUGUAACCUGUAAAACAUGUAAAAACAAAAAAAGUUGACUCGCUGGAAAUAGAAAAUGAUAUUUCUCCAUCUUUUAUACUGAAGGUGGGGCACUAGGAUAAUAAAUUCACACCAACACAUACCUCAUUUUUACUUUAUUUAUGCUUUCUGUGGCACAUUGAACUAUGAACUUUAACUCAGACACUCUGUAGUGAAACAUAUUAGCAUACUGUUGGAAAUCAUCACUUUCAGGGAACACCCCCUAUUCUCAAUGCUCAUUUAUCAGACACUGAUGUCUAAAUAUAAUCCUGCCUGUAGUUUCUUCAAUACGGUUGUAGCAGUUGAAAUGUAUUUCCUCUGCUUCCAUUACAAUCCACCGCUCAACAUUUUUUCACUGAUAGAAACAGUAAUAUGUCAGAUUUGAAGCUUCAUGCAUGUGUUGGAAUUAGCUGAAUGCUAAUUGCUUCUGUUUGAUAGAGAAGGAGGAUGUCAGAGAUGAACUGUGUGAGUUGUAAAACACAACUUUUCUCUUUGUGUAGGUUUACUUUCACACACUGAGUGAGUCUCUGUGUAUGCAUGUGCCAGUGUGUCUGUUUCUGAGUGUUUUAUCUGUACAGUGAGCGUUUUUAAAAGGACUUGUACUGUGGCAAAUACACAACAUGGAGAAAAAGAUCAAAAUGUAAAUACAAAAACAGUAUAUGGUAAUUGGUUAAACCAAAAAAAUCUAGAUUGAUCUGUCUUUGGACAAAAUCCCUUCUAAAAUGUGAUGAUGUUAGCCCAAUGACCAAUUUGAAUUGUUGUCCAUUAGUACUUCUCCUCCAUGGCUGUAUGUAGUUGCCAAAUUAAAGUCAAUUUAAACACGACUCAAGUUUAAAAAAUGAAAACUACUGAAAUGCAAAUGCUUUAGCGAAAUGACUGUACGAUGGCUUUGAUAAUAUGUGUAAAGGAAAUUUAGCUUUGAGUAUAAACUUGUGUUUAAAGACUGCAAAAGAAGAAUAUCAAGAGUCACCUGAAAAGCAGUAAAAUGAUAAUUCAAAUUCUAAAUACAAAUUCUGUCAGUCUAAGACAAAAAAAAAUGUUUUCCUGACUCCCUUCAAAAUACAAAUUCAAUGUGUGUCUUAAAAAUUCCAUGAUAGUCCUGAGUGUUGAUCAAGUACCUCAGACGUGUGACUAUGCAGCUUUAAACACAAAGACAGUCAUUUAGUCUAAAAAGAAGCUUAACUGCAGAGCUGCAAUAUGUCAUGUUUAAAGAGAGACUGAAAGAAUUAAAGAUGCAACUGAGCAAAAA